AUGGGUACACAGAGGGCUGUCAGAGAAGAGCUCCUCCGAAGCCGCCGCCAUUUUCCGCCCCCGCCGGAUCGCUGCUGUGCCUAUGCAGCCGCUCGCUUCCCUACUCUGCAGCCUGAGCCACGGGCGCCGCCCGGCCCUAAGAGGGAGGCCUUGGCCGGAACGUGCGGGGACGGCAGCUGCAACGUCAGGAAGGCCAGGCUCCGACCCCGCCCGCAGUGCCCCGGCGCCGACAGCUUGCGCCAGCCGGCGGGAGCUAGCGGGCAGCGAGGGGGCCGGACAGGCUCCACUGGGCGGAGCGGCCCUGGCGGCGGUUGGAACCUGAAGGUUCCAUCGCACUUACUUCCUGUUUUGGGUCCGGGCACUUUGGAAGAACCAGGAUGGAGGCUCCAAAAAAUACCAGGAUGGAGGAAGCAGCCACGGGCGAGAGUGGCUGCAGCUGGAGUGAGCGAGCGCGACGAGCCACCGGAAACGGAGCUGCGGCCGCGCCCCGCCCCCAGCUCCCCGCACGCUGCCCCUCCCGUUCGUCUGUCCCGCUGGCGGCCCCGCGUGCUGGCUGUACGCAUCACUUCCGGCUGUGUCGGCGCGCGAAAAAAGGUCCUGGGUUGGAAUGUUUGUACUGGUCUGUGGCGGUGGUUGUUGGCUGUCCUGCCAGGAAAACUCGGCACUGACUAUCCCACUGCUGAUGCUGUAAAAGAGGUCCUUCUGCUAUGGCGCAACUGUGGUUCCUCUGGUUCUGGGGACACUUAGGCCUCGCGUGCCGAUUUUCAUAGUUCCCUGUGGCUCCGAGCCGAGGGAGCCGCGGUGUGGAACGGAGGGAACCAGUGAUCUCAGUGCUGAAGAAAACAGGGAGUGUGUGUCUUCAUACUUGAUUUGCCUUACCGCAGGGGCAUAAUAUGAGAUGUCUGGGCGUGUUAAGUCGUUCUUGAUGAAAUGUGUCCUCUGUGAAUGUAGUCUCACUGUUAGACUAGGAAGAUGCUGUUUCGCUGUGCCCAGUUCCUCUUAAAAGUACAGAUGCUCCUUGGGUUGCAGCCGUAUAAACCCAUCCUAAAUCGAAAAUGCGUUUUAAUACCCUUAUAAACGAAAAGGAUAAAUAAGCCUUUGGGUUCUGUAAUGUGAGCCAGCAUUCUUUGAGUGCGUAUGUGACAGGAACCAAAGAGAAGUGAAGGAAUGUGUCCAAGGGCUCCCAAGUUGGCGGUGGAAUUAGAAUUGAAGCCUCGGCUCCAAAGCCUGUGUUCUGAACUACCCGGUUGCAGUUCACAAAAUACACUUUGGCAGUACUUUCAUAACGAAAGCAAAUGAUUACAACCAGUUUACAAAUGCUUUGCUUUACUGGAGGAUCGACAUGUUUGACUAAUUUUCAAAAAUAAAUCUCAGAAGCAGCA